AUUGGGUCCCUAGUACUUAGUACGUCUUCGGAGCAUUUCUAAUCAUAAUCUCAAAACUACAGGAAAACGUAUUUGUUGAAUGUCUAACUUCACUAACACCUGUCUCCUUUGUUCGCUGUCGUCACUGACAACGCCUAGGACGGCGUCAGUAGGGCACACUCAAUAAAUACUUGUUAGACAAAGGAGGGAGGGUGUUCAGUGCCAAUGCCACAGACGCUCGCUCUCUCUCUCUUAGAAACCCACUGUAACUCGGUUUCUAAGAAAAGUUCGAAAUGCUUUACUCUCAAGAAACGGUCGCCAUUUCUUCCCUUGUAAAAACACGUAACUCAGGAAGGCCCUAUCAGUUAAUUAAUUUAAGACUCAACCUGGCCCCCCAUCCCUGUCGAAUUUGCAGAAACACCGCUCCAAACACCCCACAUCAUAAGCCUCAACCUAGGCUUAAACACUAGGAGCUCCCAAGGCGGUUUACCUCGUUCUGUAAUGAGGGUUUACCUCGUUCUAAGAUGGCCACGAAGGGGUGGGCCCCGCGGUCAGAUUCUGCGAGUUGCGUGGGCAAACGCGCCGGACCGCGCCUCCAGAGGAGGAUCUUAACCGCGCAGAACGGAAGUUCCUGAGCCUUCAAGCCCGCGGGGAAGCAAGUCGGCAACGGACCAAGAUGGCGGCGCCCAGUGAGGGGCAGGCGUUUGUCGCGGGGGUUGAAAAGAAUUGGGGUGCGGUUAUUCGCUCCCCAGAAGGGACGCCCCAAAAAGUCAGGCAGCUGAUAGAUGAGGGGAUUGCUCCAGAAGAAGGAGGCGCCGAAGCGAAGGACACCUCUGCCACAUUCCAGUCAGUUAAUGGGUCACCCCAAGCGGAACAGCCGCCAUUGGAAUCUACAAGCAAAGAAGCCUUCUUUAGCAGGGUGGAAACAUUUUCUUCUCUGAAAUGGGCAGGUAAGCCCUCUGAGCUGUCUCCACUUGUCUGUGCAAAGUACGGCUGGGUCACAGUUGAAUGUGAUAUGCUCAAGUGUUCCAGCUGUCAGGCUUUUCUCUGUGCCAGUUUACAACCAGCUUUUGAUUUUGACAGAUAUAAGGACCGAUGUGCUGAGCUGAAGAAAGCCUUGUGCACCGCCCAUGAGAAGUUCUGUUUCUGGCCAGACAGCCCCUCCCCAGAUCGAUUUGGGAUGUUGCCGUUGGAUGAGCCUGCUGUUCUUGUUAGCGAAUUCCUAGAUCGUUUUCAAAGCCUUUGUCACUUGGACCUUCAGCUUCCUUCCCUGAGGCCAGAGGACUUGAAAACUAUGUGCUUGACAGAAGACAAGAUCAGUCUUCUCCUGCACCUGCUUGAAGACGAACUUGAUCACCGAACGGAUGAGAGAAAAGCUGUAAGCAAAUUAGGCUCAGACAUCCAAGUCCACGUCACUGCCUGUGUCCUCUCUCUGUGCGGCUGGGCAUGCAGUUCUUCUCUGGAACCCAUGCAGCUCUCCUUGAUAAGCUGUUCACAGUGUACGAGGAAGGUGGGGCUCUGGGGCUUCCAGCAGAUGGAGUCUUCCAUGACUGAACUGGACGCAUCGUUUGGCCUGACCAGCUCCCCCAUCCAAGGCCCUGAGGGGCGGGCAGAGCGCUUUCCUCUGGUGCCUGAAUCUCCUCGGAGGAUGAUGACUCGGAGUCAGGAUGCCACAUUUUCCCCUGGCUCCGAGCAGGCUGAAAGGAGCCCAGGCCCUGUCGUCUCCCGAACUCGGAGCUGGGACUCUUCUAGUCCCGUUGACCGUCCUGAGCCAGAGGCUGCUAGCCCCACCACGAGAACUCGUCCUGUGACCCGAAGCAUGGGAACAGGAGACGGCACUGGCCUGGAAGUGCCAUCGAGCCCUCUCCGGAGAGCCAAACGGGCUCGCCUCUGCUCUUCCAGCAGCUCGGACACAUCUUCCCGAAGCUUCUUUGAUCCCACCUCUCAGCACAGAGACUGGUGCCCUUGGGUGAAUGUCGCAUUUGGCCAGGAUACCAGGGAGGAUGGCAGAACUGAGACAGAUGCCAGUGCCGCGGCAGAGCCAGGCUGGAAGGCCGUGCUGAACAUCCUCUUGGCCCACAAGCAGUCCAGCCAGCCAGCUGACACAGACUCCAUGAGUCUCUCUGAGAAAUCAAGGAAGGUAUUCCGAAUAUUCCGGCAGUGGGAAUCCUUAUGCUCAUCCUGAAGAUAUUCCAGCCCUUCCUGGAGAGAAGCGGAAUGAGUGACUUGGAGAAACAAGAGUCUGAAUUCCCUUUUGGUCGGCUGAUUUCUCCAUCCCGGUUUAACCACAAGGAUCCCCCGUCUUUGCAAAAGGCAGCGUCACUGUCUGCGUCUGCCUGAGGGGAAGCCUGUUUCCGUGCCGGGAUUGGACAGGUGAAGUACGCCAAGCCUGGCUCUGUUAAGGGAAUGCGGGGUUGUUAAACUAGAUGGAGGACCGAGCACUUGAGCUCUUCUGGUGUCUGUCAGUACGGGCUGGUGUUGUGAAGACUCUUGUGUCCCAGGAAUGUGACAGAACGUGUUAAUAAAAUACUUGUUAGGAUUCUUAC